AAUUUCCUCACGCAUGAGCGCAUAUUUUGGGCCGCGCAUGCGUACCAAGUCAGAGGCUUUACCACUUAAGUGACAUGCUCGCCAAUCUACGCAUGAGCGUAGGUAUUUCCAAGCUCAUGCGUGAGUAGUCAGAGAGCAAACCAGUUUUAAUUUUCUCAAAUAAAACCCAAUAAUAACCACUUAUAGAGUAGGGGUACUCGUAUCUCAAGAGGAGAUUUGGUCGACGGUGUCUUGAAUGCUUGCAUAUUCUCGAGGAAAAGUUUUCUGCUGUGUUGAACCAUCAAUCAAUCAAUCAUGCCUUGCCCUUCUUCAAUGCUCUAUCUUCUUCAAAUAAGAUCUGAAUCCACCGAUUCUUCAUCUUCAUCUGAAAUGUCCCAAAUUUCUACUUCUACUAUCACAGAAACUCGUGCUCACAUUCCGAUUUUCUCAGUUCGAAAAAGAAAGAGAUCCUUGAUGGAAGAACAAGGAAGAAGGUUAUCAGAGCCCAGAUCCACAAAAUUUUCAAGGGUUUCAGCUUAUGUUGCAUCAUUCGAAGUUGAGGGAUCAAUAGGUCCAUAUCUUAGAUGUUCCGAAAACAUAAAAGACAUUGAAGAAUUGGAUUUGAGGAGAUCGGCAACUUCAAAAAUCGCUUCUUUUGUCAAUGCUGGCCUUUUGUCUGGUGAACAAGCGAGUGUUGCUGUGGAACAUUUUGGUGCUGCUGCCCAUGGUCUUUUUGGAGUUGAAAUGUGGUUAGGCUUGAAGGAUGACAAAAAAGUUAAUUAUAUUAAAAGUCUCCGCAGACAAGAUACCCAGCAGAUGAAGCUCACCACAAGGCGUCAAGGGUGUUCUUCAAUUUAGGAGCAUUGAUUGGAUUUUGUGUAAUAUUUGUGUAAUAUCUAGAACAAAUAACCCGCCCCGUUUAUUAACGAGUUGGCGGGUUAAUUAUUAAUUUUUAACUUGUCCUUGUCCUUGUUCUGUAUGUACCCUUUUCUAUUACAUGCAAUGAAUGCCGAAGGUGCUGGUAAUAUUGGCAA